GCAGGUAGUCAGGAUGGUUAGUUAGGCAGUGGAAGAUACCAAGAGAUAAGCAGGAGGCGUGAUGGAGAUGGGAAAAAAUAAAGAUGAAAUUAGAGGUGUAAGGACUCAAGAAGAGAGGGAGUAAGGUAGGGGUGGUAGAAUUUAAGGAAGAGAAAAAGAGACUACGAGUAAAGAAGUUAGGGAUGGGGAGUGAAGAAUGGAGAACGGGAGCAAGGAUGGAAGAAAAAAAGAUAAAAGGAAAUGGUGGUAGGAAGUGAUGGAGGAAGGAGGUAAAUUUGGAUUGAGGUAAAGAUGGAAGGAGGAAUGAAAGUUGCAAUGGGGGACUGGAAGGAUGUAGAGAGGAAGUAGUGGAAGGGGGGAGGGAGGGAGGCGAGAAGCUGCUAGUGGUGGUGGUGGUAGGUGACCGUGGCAGUCUGGUUUAGUCGUUGUGAUCUCGGCACGGGGAGAGGUUGAAGUUGAGUGCCACACCUAGGGGGCCACGCUGUUGCUGUCGCUGACCCGAAUUCCGCAGCUUUCACUCCUGUUAUAGAAUCCAUCAUCCCCUUUACACCUACACUCUAGGGAAUUCUUGUAGUAAAACUUUCGCCUCGAUCAUAAGUAAUUUUGACCUCUGGCGUGGUAACAGUGACCUAACCAGUAAGCAUCAUUCAUAACUAAAGUAUUCAACACUCCUUCAGGUGCCCACCUGCUGUGGGAAGAUGGACUCGUCUUAAAAAGAUCCAAGUUAAUUAUAGCAAACAAACAAAAAAAAAAACGAAAAGUUUCCUACUCGGGAGAUAAGUCAAGGAGACACCCAGAAAUUUAAAAGAAAUGUGGGACUUUAAAGAAUUGAGACAGUUUAUAUCGACUGCCUUACAGAGACCUGGAUAUUUAUAUUUAGCCAAUCCUGAAGUCAUGUGUACUUGUGUGUGCAUGUAUGUGUGCGUGUUCCAGGUGUGCAUUUAAAGUGAUAGUAGGUCGGCAUGUGUGCAUCAACAUGCGUAUACCUACCUGAAUUUCAAUGUGUCAGAUUAUUUUAGUAAAAGUGUAAAGCGAAGGAAUGAUUAUUAAACCCCGAUUAACUGCACACUAGAAUAUUAAAAACAGCUAUGAAAAAAAUAAAAAUGUAUUUACAAUAUGUAGAAGGAAAAAAACUGUCAUAAAUAAAUGUAAAUGGGCGUUGUGUUGACGUGAAAAUGUUUACAGACGCAGAACACGAGAGAUGAAGAUAUUAUUAUUAUUAUUAAGCGAGAACAGUCAUGAAACUGGUUUGUCAGUGUGUUUUGUGACGAAUACAUUCAAAAUUUAGGUGUACAUGAGAAGUCCUGUUACUAAUACAACUGUAAACUUAUGAUGCAUACAUCUGAAGAGCAGUACAGUAAUAUAAAAUGCUGCUUCGAAUGUAUAAGUUGUCUCCAAGGACGAAAUUUGACAAGCGGAAGCUGUCACAUCAGCGCUUGACGAAAGAUUGCUACCACUUACGGUACGUUGCUGUGACACGGCCCGUGUCUUACCCAUCGCUGAUGACGUCGUCCAGAGCCAAGCUUCUCAUUGCCUCCGUCUGGGUCACUUCCUUCGUCAUCUGCUUUCCGCCGCUCGUUGGUUGGAACGAUCGACACAAGAACCUCGUGUCGGCGUCUGCUGCAGCUUCCGAGGCAGGCGCUGGAGACCUGGACGACGAGGUGUCCUGCCACCUCUCCUGCGAACUCACCAACGAUGUUGGUUACGUAGUUUACUCCGCCCUCGGCUCCUUCUUCAUCCCGAUGUUAGUGAUGCUCUUUUUUUAUUGGAAGAUAUACUGUGCCGCCGCCGAGACCACACGAGCCAUCAACCAGGGCUUCAGAACCACUAGAAACAAGAAGAUCUUAGGAAGUCGCUUCCAGGAGGAGCGGCUGACCUUGCGCAUCCACCGAGGCCGCAACUCUGUCCAAGAGCAUCAUAACUCUCAUCACAACAACUCAGCGGAGCGGCGCCACAACGGCCAGUGCAGCAACCAUCACAGAAAGAAUAGCCAGAAGGGUAAAGUGAGUAGCAUCAAGAUGAAGAACCUCAGACCGCAGCUCAUCAUGAAGUCCAGCCUCUCCCUCCCACCGGACCUCAAGUACGAUGGCAACAACUUCGCCUUAUCGGUGCGCUGUGAUUUGUGCAAUGCUCAGUGUUCUAGAGAUCAUUCCAGCGUAGAGCUUCUCUCCACUAGUAGGAAUGAUAACAGUAAGACGGAUUCCUGCUUCACUGUCGACACCAGUUUCACGGAGAUAGAUUCGACAUCUCAGAGACAUCAUCAAGGAACCCUGACGCCAACUUCUGACUGUGGACCCACCACUCCAGCGAGCCUCAAGACCAGACGGUUCCAGAGCCCAGACGGGGAGACGCCUCAUCCGGGGCCUGUAAGGAGCAGGAGCACCGCCACCUCCAGGAUGGGACGACGGAACAUAAAAGUACAAGUAAAAAGGUUCCGGAUGGAGACAAAAGCAGCCAAAACGUUGGGAAUUAUCGUCGGAGUCUUUAUCCUCUGUUGGUUCCCCUUCUUCACCAUGUACCUGGUGCGGGGUUUCUGUCCCAUCUGCAUCCACCCUCUCCUCUUCUCCGUUCUUUUCUGGCUGGGCUACUGCAACUCUGCCAUCAACCCCUGCAUAUAUGCGCUCUUCAGCAAAGAUUUUCGGUUUGCAUUCAAAAAUAUUCUGUGCAAGUGUGUGUGCACGAGAGAGGUGAGGCAUGCCUUGCCGGCCCACCACCACUCUAUUUACAUCCCUUCAUACGACAGGGACAAUGAGAGUGAUGAGGACGAACAUAAACGGUAGCUGAGGUAACAUUUGCUCGCUAUAAACAUAAUGAUAAAACACUGACUGCGAGUAAUUCACUUCUCUAUUUAUGAAAAAAAAAAACAGAUUUUAACUCUGAAAUGUAGACUGUAUGUCAGUCAUUUGUGUAAGGAUGCUGUGUUUACAUGUUGACAUCUUAAAGUGACAAUUGAUGGUAUUAUCAGAUAACUGUGUUGUUAGGCUCACUAGUAUCCAACCUAGGCAUGCCGAUUUCGCUAGUAUGGCGAGAUUAAUGCUUAAGAUUUCGUCUCGCGCCUCAUCCAUUAAUAAUGAGGAUGGCAGACUUGUCAUACUGACUUCGUCUCACCUAGUCUACCUCCUCAACUACCCAGGACCGGCAGAUUCAAGGAGCCUCAGGUACUACUAAUCUCCUUCAGAGGUGUGAGACCAAAUCACAACAAUUAAUUAUUUAACCUUGUAUCCGUUUGUCUAUCAUAAUGCUAAAAUUCUGUUAAUUCACCCAUUCAUCUAUAUUUUUAUCUACGUCAUUCGUAUAUCUGGCUGUCACCAGUUAACAUAUCUGCACACAUAUCUAUGCAUAUCUAUAUCUAUAAAUCUAUUUAUAUACUUAUCCAUUCUUCAGCCUCAUAAACAUUACUUUAUACACAGUUCAAGAUCCCAUUAGUAUGUGAUCAUCUCAUAAUAAAGAUGAAAGAAAUGGACAUGUGUGACAUGGGAGUGAGCCAGUGUGUGGGGGGGGGGCAUCCUGGCUCCUGGCAGUGUCAACACCUUAUAGGAGAACACAAAGGGAUAUAGUAUCACUGUGAGGAGUGAAAUGAAAAGAGGUACAAAAGAAAUAGAGAGUUUUCAAGAAGAACAAAAGAAACAUGAAGACCCUAGGAGAAACAGAAAAGAGCGAUGCUCAAGGAGGAAAAAAUGGGGGGAGGUACAAAAGUAACAGACAUGUGAAAGAGAUCGAUUAACAAACGCUGAUGAAAAUGAGAAAGGAAGGAAACGAAUAGUACAUGAAUGAAAGACAAAAUUAAGACGGGGAAAACAAGAUCGGGAGGACUGAAACAAAGAGAGAGAGAGAGAGAGAGGAGUUGCGAAUGUGAAUUUUAAAAACAACAGAAGAUAAAUAAAAAGCGAACUCACAGUAAGAAAAAUAUGAAGAAAUAAAGAUACAAAAUAUAAAAAUGGUAAAAUAAAAUAAACGUUUUCUCUUUUGUGUGUAUAGUCUUGACUAAUUUAAAUAAGUUUUAACACAUGAAGCGUUUCCCAUCACAAGUUAAUAACUCAAAGAAGGGAAACAUUCACCACGACUCAUCAUCUAGCCAUUUUUUACUAAAAUUAAUAGAUUUCAUGUUUCAAUAGUCCACCAAAUCGCAACAUGCCCCGCCUGUUCUUCGAAGUGCUACUACUGUAUAACUCUAAAACCGGUAAAUCGAAUUCCCCGAACCUCUUAAUAGAAACCACCUCAUACAUGAAUGAUAUGCAAUACCGACAAGGUGAAGAAUUAGACAAAUGUGUAACAUCUAAUUCAAUAAAGAUACCCAGAUGUUGCACAUGUAUCUAAAUCUUCAAAAAUCACCUUACAUUCUAACACAUCAAGUCCGUACAGUCACUUCCCUCCUUUCAUUACUACAGUUACUCUCCUCUUCUCAUUCCUAGUCACUUUCCUCCUCUCAUUCCUACACUUUCCUCCUCUCAUUCCUACCGUUACUCUCCUCCUCUCAUUCCUACCGUUACUCUCCUCCUCUCAUUCCUACAGAUACUUACUAUUCUCAUUCCUACAGACACUUUCCUUCUCUCAUUCCGAUUCAGCACUUUCACACUUGCAUAUUGAUGCUCAAGCCCCUGGCGCUCAAAAUUUUCUUCAUGCUCUCUUUCCAAUCCUCACUUGACUUGAACUUUCUCUACCAGUUCUUCCAUGAACGCCAUAUUUAUAUGAUCACCUGAUCAAUCUCAUUCCAUUCUUUCUAACCGAAUAAUAAUUUUAACUGAAUAAUAAUUUCCAUCACACAGUCUUUUAAGAUUUCAUUACUUGGUUUCUGCAUAAUGUUCACACUACUUGUUGAUUCUCAGAUACAUUUCUACUGCCUCCUGUCUCUUCCUCGAUGCUACAAACAAACACCUUACCUCACAUUCAUAAAAACAGCCACCACUGUACUCUAAAUAUUCUUAUUCUUUCCACAGAUUUCUUAGCACUCCUGUUUGUUUCCUUCCUUUGUCAAUUUUGUUAUUUGUCUUCAUUUACCAUAGACCUAUCUGGCAAUACAUCUAUCAAACCAUACCACGGGCGGGGUUAGAACCCGCGAUCAGAGAGAUAUAAAACUCCAGACCGAAGGGAUAUCUAAUACUUAUUAGACAUCCCUUCUUGCAAAUAAACAUUAAAGAAAAACAACAGUUAUUCCAAGUCUUAUUCCCUAAUUAUUUGUAUCAUUCCAGUCUUACUCCUAUCCAUCCACGUUACUUUUCCCACUUUUAGCAUACCUAAACAGUAACUCACUCCUUCAUCCACAGUUCAACAUUCAACUUUUAAUAUCCAUCUCUCAAUUACGUCUAAUUUCCCAUCUAACAUCGUUUAAUUGACUUAGUUGAUGAGGUCGUUUGCUCCCGAGGUUUUUCAUUUUAUUCAUAUCUAUGCAAAACUGUCUUUUUCUCAGCAAAAGCUGCUGAAUUGGACUAACUAAUUCUCUCAUAUUUUCCUUCAUUUGCUUCCUUUCACCCGUUUGAAAACCAUUCUGUUCUUCUCCGCAUAAUCCGAGUUUUUUUUUUUCACAUCGUAAAAAGUUUCACAUAUUAAGUUUUCCACAUUACUACUCAUUCCACCUAAGUUUUCUACCAAUAAAUCAAUUUUCUUCCUGUACCCACUCUCAUAUAAACACAACACGUUUACUGAAUACUCUAGCACCGUAUUCUCAAGCACUCUCUCUCUCUCUCUGGUAAACCGUUCUUCCAACAGCUUGUAAUACCUCUCAAUAACCUUCUACUUCUGAAAUUCAUUCACCUUCAUUUCUCUUUACCUUACUGACUCUACUACCUUUGUACAUUACCUCUGAAGAAGCAUAUCAUCAAUCGCUCCUCUAAAAACAUGAAGAGGUGUGUCAUUCACACGUAUCGUAGCAGACUGGUCCAGUUGUGUAGUCUGCAAGACUUACAAGCGACACUGUUGGUACACAGUGACAAAAAUAAAUCACGAAAAUUAUAAAGAAUAACGAUGGAGCUUUAGGAAUCUAGAAAAAUAAUGAACUUGAGGAAAUCUGUGAUUUGCAAACAGAACCGGGUAAACAUUUGCCUAACUCUUCCAUCUGAAAAUCC